AUGUGCGAUGGAAUCGGUCUCCCCAUCCCAUGGGUUUGUAUCCAAUGUGGCACCGAUCAAAACCCGUGUCAUGUUAAGGUCGUCGGUCCCACGCUUGGAUUUGGAAUUGGAGUACUCAGCGCCUUGGUCUGCUGGCCGGCUUCAAUAUUCGUGGGUUGCUGCGCUACCGAGACCGGUAAAAAGUGCACCGGUGGAUAUCAAUGGACAAGUCUCGAACGCUAUACCGUUUUAAAUGGGAAUAUUUGCUCUCGGAGGAAAUCCGAAUUGCGCAAUUUGAGUGGGGAACAAACUAGAGGGACGACGAUAAUAUGUACGAGCAGGAGGGAAGGAGAUGACGAUGAUAUUUUCGAUGUAAUGGUCAGAAUGAAGGAUAUAUGA